CUGUGUUAAUCUUUAACAGAAAUGUCAGCGAACUGUCUUUAAUCUUGCUGAAAACAAAAAACAGAGUUUCUGGAAACUGCACUAAAUAAGAUGUUAAUGACUCUAAAGAUGCAUUUCUGUAGCUGUGCACUCAUUGCACUGUUGCUCGCUGUAGCCUCGGCAGACCACCAUCUCCACCACAACCGUGGUUCUGAAGACCAUAUGAGCUGCCACAAGCUCUCUGCUCCUAAUGCUGACUUUGCCUUUGCCCUGUACAAACGUCUGAAUGCGAGGACUGCUGCUGGAAACAACAUUUUCUUCUCACCACUGGGCAUCUCCACUGCCCUGUCCGUACUGUCUACUGGGGCCCAUAGUGAAACCCACAGCCAGCUGUUCUCCAGCCUGGGCUACAGCACCUUAAACCAGACUCAGGUCAAUGAAGCCUACCAACAUCUUUUCCACGUGCUUGGACAAAGCCAGGAGAACCAAAAGCUGGAUGUUGGCAAUACCAUUGCAGUGCACUCAGGUUUCAGUCCCCUGGAGAAGUUUCUGAAUGAUGUCAAGCAGCAUUACUCUGGUGAGGUCUUACAAAUCAACUUUACUAACCCUGCUGAGGCUGCAGAUAAAAUCAACAGACACAUUGCCAAUAAAACACAAGACAAGAUCAAAGAUAUGGUGAACGAUGUUGACCCUGAAACCAUGAUGAUGCUCAUUAACUAUGUCUAUUUUAAAGGAUACUGGAAGAAACCAUUUAAUAGUGAAAUGACACAUAAGGCGGACUUCCAUGUUGACAGCAGGACCAAAGUUCAGGUUGACAUGAUGGUAAGGACGGGAUACUACCACAUCUUUGAGGACAGAGCGAACCACACCAGCAUCAUCUUGCUGCCAUACGAGAGUCAAACCUCCAUGAUGAUUGUCCUUCCUGAUGAAGGCUGGAUGAGGAGUGUAGAGGAAAACAUCAACAAGGACCAUAUAAGAAACUGGCAAAACUCAGCAUCUAUGAUGUAUGUGGAACUUUAUAUGCCAAAAUUUUCCAUUGCCACUAAUGCCUCCUUGAGGAAUAUAUUGCAAGAAAUGGGCAUCACAAGUGCUUUUGAAAACACCGCGGAUUUCUCUGCUGUGUCAAACAAGUUUCCACUUAAAGUAUCAAAGGCAUCCCACAAGGCCACGAUCAGUGUCACCGAGAUGGGAACAGAGGCAGCAGCCAUCACCAUUUCUGAAUGGAUCCUACUGACUACACCAACACCCGUCAGAAUUGACAGGCCCUUCUUAGUUUUCAUUGUAGAAAACUCGACUGGAAGCAUCCUCUUCAUGGGCAGGAUCAACAAACCAACAGCUUCAUAACGGCACACAGUUGUGAGAUGACACGUUUGAUCACAGUUGUCAUCAUAAGGAUCCUUUCAUGAUAUAAAAGACUGAGCGCUCACACUAAACACAUAUUUGUCAGUCUGCACACACUAAUUUAUGUGGUCUACAAAGUAAUAUUGAGGACAUUUUGCUCAGGUAAAAAAGAAGAAAUCUUAAGACUACCAUAGUUUUAACUAAAAAUAUUGAUACUAAAUAAAUGAGAAAUUUGCUGUGGUUUGUUUCUGAGAUAUUCCACUAAGAUGUGGCUCAUAGGGCAAGAAAACUAGUUACUAAAUCCCAGACUUACAAAGACACUCUGGGGUUUACAGAAGCCACUUGCUCAGUUUGGGGGUCACUGUCCCGACUGCUCCAGGAAAAUCUCUGUUUAAUUCUCCCUCCAAUGGGAGAAGGUUAUUAUCUAACCCGCUCGCUGACAUUAGAUGCCGAGUAGCAUUUCAACAGAUUCUAAUAAAUAUUCAGAAUAUUCUCAUCUCUCGUCCACUUAUGAAUGAAUCUGAAUAAGUUGCACAUUUUUAAGGAACAAAUGUAGCAAAAAUAUGAAAAAUCAAGAUCCAUAUGUGAAAACUGAUGUUUAAUUGCACUCUCUUUCUAAAAAAAACUGUCAGAAGGUUCAAU